UGGUGAAUGGUCUUCUGACGAACAGCAUGAUGGUCACCCUACCAUCAUCACAGUUGCGCGUCCGCGCUAGAGACUCCAGCACUCAAAGUUAACGUCAGACACUCGCAGUGUGUGUCCCACUUCUCGCUGGCUCCACAGUUGGGGCUGCAGUGUACGAGAAAGGGUGGCUUUUUCCCUGGGAGAUUUCUACUACUUCUGCUGCAUUUUGUCAGUGUUCUCGGUGUUCUCUGACCCGUGCCGGUUUUUUUUUCCUUCAGACUAAACGUCCUCGUUGGCACUCAUACCCGAUCAAUCUCUUCUUGUGUUGGGUGUCAAGUGACUCUUGUUUUAAAAGCUAUCCUGCAGAUAUUCCUUAGAUAUGGCUCCUCAAUUGGGGUAGGUAAAUAUUAAUUGAAUUUUUUUUUUACCCUACGUGAUUUUUUAUUCUUUGCUGCGGAAGCUUAGAAAGGGAUUAUUUGUGCUGUAUCCGUGAAAUAUUCAGUGAAUUUGUCGAUGCAAUUAAAAACCCUUUGAAAAUGGGUUUGAAUUUAGUGGUGUGGAAAAUUCAAUGUGAAGGGAAAGUUCAUGCGAAUAUCUAAUUGUAGUCAUCCCAUUUGAGAGGUGCGUUGUACUCAGCUAGUGUUUGUUUAAUGCUGUAUCAACUCUUGUGUUUUCAAAUAACGAAGUAUAAUUUAGUUAUGGGAGAAAACAUUCUGCGUCUAUUGCUAAAAAUAAAUUUUUGUGCUACCAGUGUCGGUAUAUUAUACAAAGUUUUUCUUUGUAGGCCGGAUGAGAAAAAUGGCAUUUGGGAGUGUGUAAAUUUCAUGUGAUUUUCAUCUAAUACUUCUCAGCAAAUAUCCCCCAAACCUCAGUCAUUUGCGCGAAAUAGGUCUACAUUGAGGUUCUCUACAUAAUUUUUCUACUUUUUUUUUAUAUCUUUCCGGGGUGAUUUGUGUGUCCUACAUUUUCACUAUUGGUGUGUUUGCUUCAGUCCUCGAAGGACAGCAAAGGGAAGGGUUCUUUUUUUUCACUGUCCACAAGAAUCCUUGGUAUUGCCUCGGUUUUUUUUUGUGUUCUCUUUUCUGCAAUUCUUUUUUGGGCAGGGCACCAAGAGGAGUGUUUUUCUUACUCUCAAAUAGUUAUGUGUCUCAAAUGUGUGAUAAUUUUUCCUCUGUCUAUGUAGGGUGACACAAUUCCUCCCAGUUUGACUUUUAUGCUAAUAAUAUGAAUAUUUUGCAGAGGAAUAUCCCUCAGUGUAUUACAUAAUGGCACGAAUAAAUUAAAAUUUUUCAAUUCGGUGAAUUAGUUGUGUUUCAAAUUAAGGUGGAUGGAAAGUUUUCUUUAAAAUAUUGACCAGUAAUUGUGCAUUGAUUAUUUUGUGAUACAGUUCAGUGAUUUAAAGCUAUAUAUAUAUAUAUUUGUCGGUAAAUCUCAAAAGAAAAAAAAAAUAGUAGAGUGAAUUGUUGAGAAAAACUUCCAAUAUAUGCAACUUCUUUGCUUUGGUAUUGGCGUCAAAAUUAGUAAAGUGGAACAUAUAUACUGUGCAAAAUUUCACACUUUCUGGCGGGGGUGUAUUAUGCAAUGAAAUAGAAAAUAAAAUAAUAACAAAUUGGAUGGUUGCUGUUAGUGUAGAGAGAAACAAAAAAAAAAGAUAUACCAAGUGCAAUCCCAAUUGUAUAGCAUUUGGUGUAUGAAUGGCAAAACGCGUGAAUUUGCCAAAGAUUGACGUUGAGUUUCGAGUGUGAUUGUGCUGUGUGGGUGGGCGAGGAAAAGAACGAAGAGGAAGUUGUGUAUAACAUUUCUCCUGGGGACAGAGAGAGAGAGAGUUGAUUGACAAGGAAACUUCCAUGACGGGUGAUACAAGUCGUGAUUUUUGUGCUUCACUCACGAAACGAGACCAAUUCACCUCAAUGAUCAAUACCUUUUCAUCCAUUUCCUCAUGUGAGGGUCAUGAGUUUAUUUCAUAUCCCCAUGAUACUCCAAGCCGGGACUCAUAUGAAGCACCUUCAACACCAAAGAAUCCAUCCAAACAGUCCUUUGCUCUGCCGACUGAAGAGAAGUACAGGCAUUCGAGCGUAAUAACAUCCCACUUGAGUCUCCAUCAGCGAUUUCAUGAGACUCAAAUAGCUGAGAUGACACCACCAUCUUCUGAUUCCUUGGAAGAUUUCAGUCAUCUCACUCUCUGCACUACUCACAUUGUUGGCUUCAUAGCCCUCCUGGUUAUUCUGUCCCGGUGUAUGGGUGUCCAUGUGCUGCAGGGCCUAAGAAAAGCCACUCAAUCUCCAAUGCGUCUUCCCCAAGAUUACCAUGAUGUUGAAGAAGUGAUAAAAAUGACCCCAGUGACUGAGGGUGAAGGUGAAUUGGGGAAAAAGCCUAAGGGAGCUAAGAAGAAAUGGGACAGAAGUCUAUUGACAAAAAAGAGAAAAUGUGUCUCAAUGGGGCCCAUCAUGGUGGCCCAUGGACGCGAUAGAAGCGAUUCUCCACCGCCUCUGCCACCAAAACCACCACCUCGUAUCAAGAGCCCCAAAAUGACUCAACCAACAUCAAGCUAUGUAUCCGAGCCACGAUCCGGAACAACGGAUGAACUGUACGCAGAGUCCCCGGACAGUAGCCUAUAUGGGAGUGAUGAAGAGCAGGAGGAUGUGUCUCAGUAUUGUCGAGGAGGCUACCAUCCUAUCGUGAUUGGUGACGUAUUCGACAAUCGCUACCGUGUCGUGAGGAAACUGGGAUGGGGACACUUUUCCACCGUAUGGCUCUGCUGGGAUAUCGAGGAGGAGAAAUAUGUGGCUCUAAAAGUGGUCAAAAGUGCUCCACAUUACACAGAAACAGCUACAGAUGAGAUUCACCUGCUUGAGGUGAUCAGCACGGCGGACCCUUUUGAUCCCAAUCGUGACAAGAUUGUCCGCCUGCUCAAUAAUUUCACAGUACGUGGUGUAAAUGGGAUCCACACGUGUUUGGUGUUUGAGGCGCUGGGAUGUAGCUUGUACAAGUUGAUUGUGAAGAACAACUACCAAGGAUUACCACUGCAUUUGGUACGAUCAGUGAUCAAGCAAGUGCUCCAGGGCCUCGACUAUUUGCACACAAAGUGUCACAUUAUCCACACAGAUAUCAAACCCGAGAAUAUCCUUCUAGUGAUGGACAAUGUGGCAGUGGUCAAUCAGCAGAUUGACGAUGAAAUAAUGUCAAUGAGAGCACGAGGACUUGAAUUUCCUGAUUCUUACGUGAGUGCAUUUGAGAAACGUUCCCACAAUCGGAGCAGCAUCGAAGAGGAUCUCCUCAAGAGUACUCCAAUAUCGUCCUCUGGCACUUCGAAACAAACUACAGGUACCACGAGUAUCGACAUCUCGUCGCCGUCGGAAGAAGAAAUGGUUAGCGGGGCGGCCUUCCGGCAGCAAUCCAGCCUCGAAGAUUUUGUGGAUAAUUCUGGGGCGGCAGCCAUUGCGGGUGUCCUCACGGGAUCCGACUUCCCGGGACGCUAUCGUGUCGAGAGGCGCAGCAGUCAAGCACAAUUAGCCAAACUCGAAUUGGCUGCCUUAAGUGAAAGGACAGGGACAACGUCUGAAUUAACAAAGGACCAAACAAAGGCAUUUAUGCCGUCAACUCAAUCAUAUUCGAGCACUCUUCAGUCGAUAAUCAAUGGGAACAGUAUUCGUGUGAAAAUUGCCGACUUGGGAAAUGCUUGUUAUGACUAUCAUCACUUCACGGAGGACAUUCAGACGCGUCAGUAUAGGUCCGUGGAAGUACUCCUGGGGGCUCCCUACAAUUUUACAGCUGAUAUCUGGAGUACGGCGUGCUUGGCCUUUGAAUUGGCCACUGGAGAUUACCUAUUUGAUCCGCAUGCCGGUGACAAUUAUACGCGCGACGAGGAUCACUUGGCGCAUAUCAUCGAACUAUUGGGAAACAUUCCGCCAAGUUUGAUCUUCCGUGGGAAGCACGGGAACAAAUACUUCACAAGCACUGGUCAUUUGAGGAAUAUACUAAAAUUGAAGCCAUGGGGCCUUCAGAAUGUCCUGAUUGAGAAAUAUGAGUGGGAUCCCAUUGAAGCGCGAGAUUUUACGGAUUUCCUGCUUCCGAUGCUCCACUUCAAUCCCAUCCUUCGAGCAUCUGCUGCACAGUGUCUCAAACAUCCGUGGCUGGAGUGAGAAUUGCUUCACCAUUUAUCACCACAUACUGUACUAAAAGGCGGAAACUCAGAGGAAUUGACUGGACAGAGGCUCCAAAUCGACGGAAAAAAGUAGACAAGGAAGAGAAAUUAACUUAUUGCAUAGCUAAAUAUCAUCUCUUUCAUCAUUUUAUUGUUAGUCAAAAUAUUUAAUAAUAAUGAAAAAAACCUAAAAUUAAAUCUUGUAGACGAAAAGGGUAUUGUAAUAUUAUCAAAAGGAAAAAAAAUUGAAAAAUUAAAAAGGAAUUUUGCCAAAAA